GCUGGAAAUUACAAAACAGACCACCCAUUCAUGCAAUCUAUUUAUUAUUAAUAUAUUUAUUUCACUCAAAACACCCUUCAAAACACAAAAUGCACAUUACAUCAUUAUUAAUAUUGUUGAUGCAGAGAAUCAAGUAUUGGCUAUCGGAACACCCCAAAAUCGUCGGCUUCAGGUGGAGCCCCACUCAAUCAUGGGGCUCCACGUGGUCCUUCGUAUUCGGAGCAAUAGCCACCUACGUCGUCACCGCCAUCGCUCUCCACCUCAUCCUCUCCCUCCUACUCAGGCGCCGACCUAAACCCGUCUCACUCGGGCCAAUCCCAGCAGUCCACAGCCUCGCCAUGGCAGUAAUCUCAGCUACCAUCUUCGUCGGAAUGCUGGUCUCCGCCGCCGCCGAGAUUCGAGACACGCGGUGGUUGUGGCCACGUACAAAGACCACAACCCCUCUUCAGUGGCUGCUCUGUUUCCCAAUAGGCACGAGAUCUUCAGGGCGCGUGUUCUUCUGGUCGUACGUGUUCUACCUCUCUCGGUUCCUCCACCUGCUACGCACAUUCAUCACAAUCCUCCGUUACCGGAAGCUGAGCUCGUCAAACCUUAUCCGGCAGUCGAUCCUGGUUCUGACGCCGUUUCUGUGGCUGGAAUUCUCACAGUCGUUUCAAGUUCUGGCUAUAAUUUUCACUACCUUGGUUAACACGGUAGUGUACGGUUACCGUUUCUGGGUGGGAGGUGGCGCGAGCUUCACACUCCCAGUCCCAGUGGUUGAACUUGAAGUGAAUUGUCAGGUUUUGUCAGUGGGAUUCAAUGUGAUAUGCCAUAUUGGGGUUGUUGUUCUCCAUUUCCGGAAAGGUGGGUGUAAUGGGAUUGGAGCUUGGGUGUGUAACUCAAUUCUCAACGCUGUAAUCCUUGUACAGUUCUACCUCCAAAAUGUGAAUAUCAAAUCUACCGAGCUGCUACGGGAACAGGACGCUGCUAUAUUGGAACCAAAUAAAAAUAUUUAGUUAAGUUAACCCCUAAUUAAUUAUACAAACCUUUUUUAACCCCCAAAAAAAAAAUCAUACAAACGUUUUCCUUUUUUUAGUUGACCAAAAAAUAGAAAAGUGAAAAUAUACGAGUUUGCAUGAUAAAUUGUAAAUAACUUUUUCUGGUUUGGAGGAUAAUCAAAUGAGAAAAAAAAACACUAGGGGACACUUUCAAAUUUGUACGUAUAUUUUAAUAUGAAAAGAAAAUUUUGCAUGUUUAGUUAUUUUUCUUUUAUGUAAGAUUGUUUUGCAUUCA